AUAUGGAUAAAAUAAAAUCACUUAAUAUUGAUUGUGCUUAAUACUAAACAGAUUAUAUUAGACCCAUUCCGAAUAUUGUAUCAUCUGAAUUCUUAUGCAAUGACAAUAUCUUUAUGAUCAAUCUACUAUGGAAUUAUACUCUUGAAAUCAAUCAAGAUAAAUUAAGUCAGGUUAAAGAAAUCAUAUAAAAAGCAUGUAUAACAGGAAUAAGUGAUCAAGAAAAAAGAGUAUUUUAUAAUCUCUAUUGCUAUCUAGCUUUUAUUUGAUUAUCUCUCUAAUGAAAAAGAUUUACUCAAAAAUUGUGGAUUUACUUCUUAGAGAUUACCUAUCAUAAUUGAUAAAAAUAAUGAUAUUGCACAUUUUCUUUUGAUUUAAAUAUGCAAUCUAGAUGGCUUUGAAGAGUAUACUUUUAACUCCAUACAAAUUUUAGAUUUUUAGAAGUCUUCUUCUAAAUUGAAGUAACUUAAAAUACCCUUGAAUUGUUUGCUCACUUAUAUGGAAAACUCAAAUUACCAUAAGAAUAUAUCACUCAAUAUAUUAACUAUUGCAUAGACUUUUGUAAUAACAUUAAAGUAAUUCAAAUAUACUUAAUCAUAGGAAAAAUAAUAAUAAAACAAAUUGGUUCGCUUUGUCUCUGUUUUUAUCUAAUAAAUGUUCAAAUUAAAAGCAUUCACCAUCAAAGAUAUUUUGACUGAUGUAAGAAUCUAUAAUACUUAGUUAUAAGCAUUUUGCAUUGAAUUCUCUAAAGUCAGUGAUGUAUCUAAACUUUUCAAAUUAGUCAAAGGUUAAGAACCUUAAACAUAAUGA